ACCCUUUAGGCCUUAUAAAAUAUUAUGUAUUUUAUUACACAAACUCUAUCAUAUCUGUUUAGUUGAGUGAGCCCGUUGUUUGAAUUCCCCUUUUUCCCUUUCCCACUCGCAAGAUUCCAAAUGACACACAGAAGCCCAACCAAGAUGACCAACAGCCAACUUCCCCAUACCCCAACCGCCCCCUAUUUAUGCCUUCCCCCAUUUCCCCUCUCCAAAUAAUCAAAAACCCCAAAUUCAAUACAAAUAACCCAUUUAAUUAUGCCAUCUCUUCACUCCAGCCCAUUCAUGGACAAGUCUGUCUUCCUCUCUCUCCUCCGCCACACCUCCAAACGCCCCAAAUCCUCCUCUUCCGGCGGCGGCGGCGGCGGCGGAGGAGGAGGAGGAGGAGGACUUCUCAAAAUGUUCAAGUUGUUCCCGAUGUUGAGCUCCGGCUGCAAAAUGGUGGCUCUCCUGGGCCGACCCAGAAAGCCCCUUUUGAAAGACCACGCCACGACGGGCACAAUCUUCGGGUACCGUAAGGGCAGAGUGAGCUUGGCGAUUCAAGAGGACCCUCAUUGCCUUCCCAUAUUCAUAAUCGAAUUGCCGAUGCACACGGCGGCGCUGAACAAGGAAAUGGCGUCGGACAUUCUGAGGAUUGCGCUGGAGAGCGAGACGAAGACCCACAAGAAGAAGCUAAUGGAGGAAUUCGUGUGGGCGGUUUAUUGCAACGGAAGGAAAAUUGGAUACUCCAUUAGACGGAAGCAAAUAUCCGAUGAUGAGCUUCAUGUCAUGCAGCACUUGAGAGGGGUUUCCAUGGGCGCCGGAGUUCUGCCGUCUCCGGCGUCGGAGAAGGAUAAUUUAGACGGGGAAUUGACGUACAUGAGGGCCAGAUUUGAGAGGGUUGUUGGAUCCAAAGAUUCGGAAGCUUUGUAUAUGAUUAAUCCCGAUGGGGCGGCCGGCCCCGAGUUGAGUAUUUUCUUCGUCAGAUCUCAAUAGAAUACAUUUUUUUAUUCCUCUGUAUAAAUAUAAAUAUUUUAUAGCCAUUUCUAAAGAAAGGCUUCAUUUUUUUUUUUUUCCCUUCUUUUGUUGAAGGAUCUCUAAGGAUGGCUAUCAUGGCUGUUGCUGUAUAAUUGGAAUUCUUUCCACAUGUAAGGGUUUUUCUUUUUCUUUUUUCUUUUUUUGGGAAAUAAAAUUGCUAUAAGGGUUAUUUCAAAUGAA